AUGACUUUCCUGGCCGAAUCUGCUAUUGGCGUGUUGCCGCUCAAGCACCACGAGCAUGCAAUUGACACAGGUAUGAGAAUAAUGGAGGUCUCUUCUGUUUUGAAUAUAAGAAUGACACAGACAUUUCCACAAGAGCUCUGUACAUUAGAGCUAUGGCCGAAUUACCAUCUGAAUUCCCAUCGUAAAAUAUCAAGGGAUCCCAUACUGAGGACUAGCGAGUGGUCUCCACUUGCAGAGAUUGAGAGUAUUGACUGCAGCAGAAUACAAGCUUUACUGGGAGGACGUGAAUGA